UGUCCCCGCGGGCCCGGGGCCCGCCCGGGUGACAGUCCCGCGGCGGGGUUGGGGGAGGGGACGGGGUGGGGGCUCGUCCUGCCGUUAAAGCGUCCGUUCGUACCGACCCGGGCGUCCCGUCAGUCUGUCCGGCCGUACAGCCCCGCGUCUCCCCCCGCGCAGCGCCUCCCGGCCCGGCCCGUUCCCGGCACCGACCGGCCGCGGGGCUGCCGCAGCCCUCGCUGUGGGCCGGAGCCCCCCGGGGGCGCGCACGGCCGCCAUGGCUGUGUUGGUGCUCGCCCGGGUGCUGCGGGAAGCGCCGGGGGAAGGAGCCGCGCCGCAGGCUGUGCUGCUUCGCCCUGUUGUUUUAACUCCUUAAUGACACAAGGCAUGAACGACAAACGAAACUAGGCUUCAUCGCGUCCGGCAUGUCUUCACCGCGCAUCCUGACUGCAGACAACAGAGCGAGGAAAUUACGUCAGGAAAAUUUUUGAAAUAUAAGGAACCAAACUCGCAUAAUUUACAGAGUUUUUUUUUUAUCUUGACCCUCAGCUGAGGCUUCCUCUGAUACCCUGCCUUGUGGCAGAAGUGCCUCGGGAGGGACCCAUACACCAGAACGACUCCCUGUUGAGGAAACCUCCGUGGAGGCACGGCUAAAUGCAAGAUAAAAAGUGCAGCAGUGAAAAUAAUUUUGCAUCACUAAGGCGUGUGCUGGCAUUCCGAUAAAAGGGGUUUAUAUAUGAAAAGAAUGCCGUACAACUCGUCUUCCCUAAAAACUGAACCUAACUUAAAAUCCCCUCCGCUAUUGUUCUUUAAUGAAAAUACUUGUUUUAAAGGCAGCUUUUUAUGUAACUCUCUGGUGUAUCUGGUGUCUGCGCUGCUCCCUCAUCCUUUCCUAAGCAAGUCUUUUGACAUAUUUCCAAGGAAAAUAGGAAUAAUAGAUUUGGUAUUGUGUUUCAUUUUUAAAAACCGUUUUAAAAUACAGAUUUUUCAUCCCUUUGAGGAGGGUUUCUGAUCUACGUGGCAGUGCCCAGGCUUUUGCUUCCCCAGCUGAGAUAUACACUAAGAAUAAAAGGGAAGCGUAUUCAGUGCCAGGGGCAGGAAGCGCCUGGACUGCCACCGCUCCCGGCCUGCCGGGGAUGCGAUAGUCAUCGCGCUGCCGUCGAGCCAAGGAUCAGAUCCCAGCUUGGUACUUGGAGGUUCUGCUAUGCCACUGAAUCCCUUCCUGAAAUGUGGGCGUCAAAGGACUGUAAACUGCAGCUGGUACAUUAAAAUGAUUUUUUUUUUUCCUUCUCUAUAUGAACGUAAAGAACUUUUCUUCAUUGCAGUUGUCUUCUUCCCCUUGAGCAAAUGGUAAACUGAAAUACAGUGAACUUUUCUGUCUGAAAUGCUCCUGAGGAUGAAGCAGGCAAACCCAGCAGGGAAGCAAGAGUGCUGCAUGCAUACAGCCAUUAUUCAGAAAAAGCUGUCUGUUCACAUCCCUCCGUGACCGUCUCCUCAUUUUAAAGACUAACUACUUUCUCUCUCCCUAGAAGAAAUGUUUUCUUCCCCAUUUCCUUUAAUGGCUAAGCAAUGCAAUUGCAAAGGUAUUGAAACCCAGUCUACUGAAUAAUAACUUAAUGAUGUGAACCCUGUUCUGUUCCUUUUGAAUGGAUGGCUGCUUGAGCAAGAGAGCUGCUGGGAUCAGCUCCCUGCCGUGAGGGAUGUGAGGAUGGAGAAACCUGGAUUGAAGCUGAACGGCAACCAGAGUGGUAUAAAACUGAACCAGAAUACAAGAAUGAGGUCAAUGCUGCAAGGAAAUAAGGAGAAAUUAUAUGAUCGGAGCACCUUGGGAUAGAUGCGAUUACAAGACCUUGCAUUGGCUAAAGCUGCCUUGGAACGCCAUGGCUGCAGCCCCUCAUCUCAACUCGGAUGCACUCCGAGAGGUCCUGGAGUGCCCCAUUUGCAUGGAGUCCUUCACCGAGGAGCACCUGAGACCCAAGCUCUUACACUGCGGGCACACCAUCUGCAAACAGUGCUUGGAGAAACUCCUAGCAAACAGCAUUAAUGGGAUACGGUGCCCCUUUUGCAGCAAAAUCACGCGGAUCACAAGCUUAGCUCAGCUGACUGACAAUCUUACUGUGCUCAAGAUCAUAGACACCGCCGGACUGGGGGAAGUGGUGGGUCUUCUCAUGUGCAAAGUCUGUGGGAGAAGGUUGCCAAGACACUUCUGCAAGAGCUGUGGCUUGGUUUUAUGUGAGCCGUGCAAGGAGACAUCACACACGCCCCAAGGACAUAGAGUCAUUGCUAUCAAAGAGGCUGCUGAAGAGCGUAGGAGGGAAUUUGGGACGAGGCUUGCCAGACUUCGUGAGCUCAUGGGUGAUCUGCAGAAAAGAAAAGCAUCCCUGGAGGGUGUUUCGAGAGACCUGCAAGCUAGAUACAAAGCAGUUCUACAAGAUUACAGCAAAGAAGAGCGCAAGAUCCAGGAGGAGCUGGCCAGAUCACGCAAGUUCUUCACCACCUCUUUGUCUGAUGUGGAGAAGGUAAAUAAUCAGGUAAUGGAGGAGCAAGCUUAUCUGCUGAACUUAGCAGAAGUACAGAUAAUGUCUCGCUGUGACUAUUUCCUUGCCAAAAUAAAGCAGGGAGAUAUAGCUCUCUUGGAGGAGGCAGCAGAUGAGGAAGAACCGGAACUGACCAACAGUCUCCCAAGGGAGCUGACUCUUCAAGAGGUUGAACUCCUUAAGGUGAGCCAUGUGGGACCGCUGCAGAUCGGGCAGGUGGUGAAGAAACCCCGGACCGUUAACAUGGAGGAAUCGCUCAUGGAAACUGCAGCAUGCUCAUCGGCAUCAUUUAGGGAGCCUGACGUGGGGCAGGAAGAGGCCAGCUGCACACCAAAUUCCUCACCGGCCAAGCCAAGGAUGCCUGAAGCAGCCACGAGCAUCCAGCAGUGUCACUUCAUCAAGAAGAUGGGCUCCAAGGGCAGCCUGCCAGGGAUGUUUAACCUCCCCGUCAGCCUGCACGUCACCCUGCAAGGAGAGGUGCUUGUGGCAGACCGUGGCAACUUCCGAAUCCAGGUUUUUACCCGCAAGGGCUUUCUGAAGGAGAUCCGCCGGAGCCCCAGUGGAAUUGAUAGUUUUGUGCUGAGUUUCCUUGGAGCAGACUUGCCCAAUUUGACUCCCCUUUCUGUCACCAUGAACUGCCAUGGCCUGAUAGGUGUGACUGACAGCUACGAUAACUCUGUCAAGGUCUACACCAUGGAUGGCCAUUGCGUGGCGUGUCACCGGAGCCAGCUAAGCAAGCCCUGGGGCAUCGCCGCCCUGCCUUCUGGGCAGUUUGUAGUGACUGAUGUGGAAGGAGGGAAGCUCUGGUGUUUCACGGUGGAUCGCGGCAUGGGGGUAGUGAAGUACAGUUGCUUAUGUAGCGCAGUGCGCCCAAAGUUUGUCACCUGCGAUGCUGAAGGGACCAUAUACUUUACACAAGGGCUGGGGCUUAACCUGGAAAACCGGCAGUACGAACACCAUUUAGAAGGAGGCUUUUCAAUUGGCUCCGUCAGCCCAGAUGGGCAGCUGGGACGCCAGAUUAGCCACUUCUUCUCUGAGAAUGAGGAUUUCAGAUGCAUUGCUGGCAUGUGUGUCGAUGCCAGGGGAGACCUUAUUGUUGCUGACAGCAGCCGUAAAGAAAUCCUGCAUUUUCCUAAAGGAGGUGGCUAUAAUAUCUUAAUCCGGGAAGGACUCACCUGUCCCGUCGGCAUCGCCAUCACUCCCAAAGGACAGCUGCUGGUGCUGGACUGUUGGGAUCAUUGCAUCAAGAUCUACAGUUACCAUCUGAGAAGGUAUUCCACCCCUUAAAGGCAUCUCUCUAGGUAAAGCCCCUUUUGGCAGCAGCCUCAUGGCAAUCUGAUGGGAACCGGUGUCAGGCGUUCAGGAAGAUUGUGCCAUACCCGAAGGGGGUUUGGUACAGGGGCUGUCAUGCUUUGUGUGUAGAAACAAAAAUAGCCUACGUGGUGGUGGUCUGCUUUUUCUUCUUUUUUUAUAUAAAAUCCAAACAAAAAAAAUAAGAACAACAAACAUGAGGGAAACGAUCCGUCCUUCUGCAGCGUGGGUUCCUUGCUAAAUGACUGGUCACUCCAUAAACCUCACCUCCUUUCGCCGCAUCUCCUACACUUCCAGCUUUAACCCUAGUAUCUUUCUUUGUGCCAUAAACACUGACUGACUGCUCUAAAUCACCUUCCCUUAGAGGACUAGAGAGGCAAUCCUCCUCUUGCUGUGGUGCUUGCAAGGAACUGGGUAGCAGUUGUCUGGGCAACUACCAGAGAAAGCAAUUUCUGAUUGCAACACUGCAUAAAACGAAAUAGCCCUCUAAAACUGCGGGGAGAUGGAGCUUUACUUUCAAACUGACAAGGGAGGGUUUUCUCUCUCUGUUUUUCUGGUAUUCAGGAGAUCACCCCUGUCGUGCCAUUUGUGAACUGUGUCUGUUCAAUGUAGAGUGAAUACUGUGCAAUCAUGGGAGACUGCGCUGAGCUAGAGAGCUGCCCUCUGAUGGCAACAGGUUUUUUGUUAUUAUUAAGAGUUCUGCUAGGUAGAAGGGGGUAAAAAGGGAAGGGGCUGGAGGAAAAAAAAAGAGGGGGAAGCCACAGUUUAUAUUUACUGUUGUUUUAUUACUAAAUGUGUCCUGGAAACUGUCUUUGGAAGAUAUGUCUGGUAUCUAAAGCUUCAUGGGGAGGGAAGGGCCGGGGGAAUAAGGCAGGGAGAUUGUAGUAAGUGAGAUUAAAUGCAAUAUACUAUAGGUUCACCUGCACUUCACUUCUCCGCAUUCCAGACCAUUGCAUUUAGCGAUAUGUUUCCACCCAUCUGCACUUCGUAUGUGCGAGGUACUCGCUGCUGAGUUGCGGAUGGAGGUGGCGGGAAUGACUGUCUUGCUUUUAUUUUUUUAAUACUUGGAAGCACAUCCAUUGGUGCACUGCCCUUUUUUCCCUUGCACAGCAAAACACUACAUUCCUCAGAUAUUUUUUUUUUUACGGCACCAGCAGGCACCAGAGCUCAUGUUCAUCACGGCUUUGGGCCAAAUGAAGCACAAAACUGCAGCUGUGUGAACCAAGGCCCCCACAGAGCUACUCUCCUGGCUGAUAAAUGUGUACCUCAGUGUGGUGCUGCUUGCCUAUAAUAGUUUAUUGAAGGAAAGAUGCAUUUAAAUAGGGCACAGUUGUAGCAUGUUAAUCUGCCACAGAAAAUAGUUACACUGCAGUGCAUUUAUUUGUUGCUAUCAACAACGUAGUUGCAAAUCUGGGGGCACGACAGACAAUAAAAAAGUAGAUUUUACGGUGGCUGCCACGCUACAGCAAAUUGUUUGCUACUUGUGCUACAACAUGUAUGCAACAGGUGAUUUUUUUCAAGCUCCCAUAUACUUUCCCCUAGUGAAACAGCAAAGUAAAACAGGCUUCAGAGCCGCUGCUGCUGCAGGCGGUUGCUUGGCAGUUCCAGGGUUUGCAGAAGCAGCGCCGGGAACAGAUUUUGGCAGGAUUUUGGUUGGUUUUUUUUUUUUCCUCUCUCCCUGUUCUGCUCAGCCAAAGCGCUGAAGAGGGCCGGCACAACAAACGCCCCGCUGUGUGAUGGAGGUGCCCCUCCAUCAGGGCAAUUUCCUAUUUUGUUAUAAUUUGCUGGAAAAAGCUUGUGGAGAAGGGAGUAGGAGCUAAGACACCAGCGCGGUAGAUGGUGCCGAGGGAGGGAAUUGAAGCCUCCUUCCCCCCCGAGCUGCUCUGUGUGUUUGCCAAGGCUGCCAACUCGCACAUAAUUAUUUACGUUCUCUGCUUCUCUUUUUUGGGUGGGAGGGGGCAGUCGCCUAAGGUCUGUAACAGCAAUUUGGGGAGCCGACCUCAUCCUGCAUGUAUGUUUUUGGAGAUGACAACUAUUACUGGGCCCUUCUGCAGUUAAUUACGUUGUAACUCAAGGCAUUUUUUCCAGUAUUAUGGUAAUGGCAGUUCCUCUCCUACUGAUCUCUUUUAAACAUUUCUCCAGUUUCUAAGAACUGCUCCAAGCAGAAAGCUACCGUGGACCUGAAUAAUUGAAGCAAUAUUAUCUAUGAUGAUAUGUACCUCCGUCAUUUUCUGUGCCAAUGGAUUUUUUAAUUAUUUUUUUUUUUUUUU